GAAAAAAAAUCAAGAAAACACACAAUAUAUACAUACACAGAUGUAAUGUAACACAGUGCUUAAGUAGAUUUAAGGAAAGUUAAAGUGAUAAAAUUUGAGAAUGCAAAAAAGACAGCAAGACACAAGCUUUUGCAAAAGAAGAGAGAGAGAGAGAGAGAGAGAGAGAGAGGAGAGAGAAACCUGCACAUAUGUUGCAGAGGCUCCUUUUUUAGUACACGCAUUCAUUCACAGAGAGAAUACACACACAGACACACACACUUUUUUUCUCUCUCUUCACAGUAUUUUUGUAUUCUCUUCCCCCACAGUCUAAAGACAAAAGGGCUGGUAGAGAAAGAUCAAUAAAGAGGAUUCUCAAAAUACUCAAUACAAAAUAAAACGGGGUUCGAAUUCUGUACAGAGAAAAAAAAAAAAGAUGGCAACUUUGCAACAUGUUUAGAGAGAGGAGAGAGAAAGGGUGAAACUUGAAAGUAACACUGUCUGAAUAUACACAUAUGAUCAUGUCUCUCAUGCUCUGUAACAACUGCUUCUUCUCAUUCUUUCUUCUUACAUUAUUUUUCUUCAAUCCAACCCUUUCAUUCGAGGCCCGAAACCCUGAAGUUGAAGCACUUAGUGCAAUAAGGGAAGGUUUGGAUGAUCCACAUGGUGCUCUAAGCAACUGGGAUGAAGACUCCGUUGACCCUUGUAGCUGGUCAAUGAUCACUUGCAACUCAGAUAAUCUUGUCACUUCUCUAGGAGCUCCAAGUCAGGGUUUAUCAGGUUCAUUGUCUUGGAUGAUUGCAAACCUUACAAACCUCAAACAAGUAUUGCUGCAGAACAAUAAUAUAUCUGGGCACAUUCCAAAAGAAAUAGGAUAUCUUCCAAAUCUGCAGACAUUGGAUUUAUCCAAUAAUAAGUUAUCUGCACACAUCCCUGAUUCUUUAGGGUUGUUGAAUCAUCUCCAAUAUCUGAGGUUAAACAACAAUAGCCUGAGUGGGGCUCUUCCUUUGUCCUUAGCUAUUCUCCCUCACCUUACUUUCUUUUGGAUAUUUGUUUUUCUUGAUUGUAUUUGGUAUUUUCUUGCCUGCAGCAUCCUAGGAAAUCCCCUCAUUUGUGGAAGCCACUCUCCUGAAAAAUGUCCUGGAUCAAUUCUUGCUACUCCUCUCUCUUUCCCCAUUGAUCCAUCUUCAGGCAACAGAACAAACUCCAAGAAACUUGCAAUUGCACUUGGAGUGAGCUUUAGCUUCGUCUCCAUUUUAUUCGUAAUUUUCGCAUUUCUCUUUUGGAAAAGAAACAAGAAGAUAAAGCAGUCCCUUUUGAGUAGUACUGAUGUUCAAGAAGAGGACCUCGACCUCACGAGGCUCGGGAAUCUCCAAAACUUCACAUUUAAAGAGCUGCAACACGCUACCGACAAUUUUAGCCACAAGAACAUACUGGGCACGGGGGGAUUUGGCAAUGUUUACAGGGGUAAAUUGGGAAACGGCAAUGUGGUGGCGGUGAAGCGGCUCAAGGAUUUGACCGGAACUACAGGCGAAUCGCAGUUUCGAACCGAACUAGAGAUGAUCAGCCUAGCCGUUCACCGGAAUUUGCUUCGUAUAAUCGGAUAUUGCGCCACCACAAAUGAAAGACUUCUUGUAUAUCCUUAUAUGUCCAAUGGGAGCGUUGCAUCGAGACUUAGAGGAAAACCGGCUUUAGAUUGGAACACGAGGAAGAGAAUUGCGAUUGGAGCAGCAAGGGGGCUGUUGUAUCUUCACGAGCAAUGCGAUCCGAAGAUAAUACAUCGAGAUGUGAAGGCAGCCAAUGUACUGCUCGAUGACUACUGCGAGGCUGUUGUAGGUGAUUUCGGCCUCGCUAAAUUACUGGACCACGCGGAAUCCCACGUGACGACAGCUGUUCGCGGUACGGUGGGCCACAUCGCACCGGAAUAUCUCUCCACUGGACAGUCGUCCGAGAAAACCGAUGUAUUUGGAUUCGGCAUUCUUCUGCUGGAGCUUAUAACCGGAAUGAGAGCUCUCGAGUUUGGAAAGUCGGUAAACCAAAAAGGAGCUAUGCUUGAAUGGGGUAAGAAAAUACAGCGAGAAAAGAAAAUCGAGCAAAUUGUGGACACGGAACUAGGAGUCACCGAGUGUGACCGGAUCGAUGUUGGAGAAGUGCUGCAAGUGGGUCUGUUUUGCACGCAGUACUCACCGGCCACCCGCCCCAAAAUGUCUGAGGGUGUAAGAAUGCUCGAAGGCGACGGUCUCGCAGAAAAAUGGGCGGCGGCACAUAAUAAUAGUAACUAUAUCCACACGAGUUCGAAUUUAAAUAAUAUCUCGCGCGGUAAUAAUAAUAAAUAUAGAAAGUCACGCUCGCGCGAUGACACGGACCACGAUCACUCGAGCGUGUGUGGUAUGACUAUGACUAUGGAUGAUGACUAUGAUGCUCACAGCACGGAGCUCUCUGUGCUUUUUGAGGAGCUUUUUCGAAUCAAUGCUUUUUUCAGAAGCGUGGUUUUAGAAAAUUGGGCAAAGACACGCUAA